UCUGGGCGCGGCCGGCGGGGAGGGGACUCGGGGACAGGGCCGCGCGGGCGAGACAGUGAAGACAGCCGGGGUCGGAGGCGGCCGCGGCGGCCCAGGCCUGGCGGACCCAGCCCUGCCGCCGCCAUGCAGGACGGUAACUUCCUGCUGUCUGCCCUGCAGCCCGAGGCCGGCGUGUGCUCCCUGGCGCUGCCCUCGGACCUGCAGCUGGACCGCCGGGGCGUGGAGGGCCCGGAGGCCGAGCGGCUGCGGGCGGCCCGCGUCCAGGAGCAGGUCCGCGCCCGCCUGCUGCAGCUGGGCCAGCGGCACAACGGGGCGGCCGAGGCCGAGGCCAGAGGCACGUCCCGGGCCCCGUACCACACCCUGCAGUCUGGCUUCAGCUCCCGCUCCCAGGGCCUGGGUGCAGACACCUCGACCUUCCGGCCAAUUGCCAAGCCCGGCUACAGCCCUGCCUCCUGGUCGUCCCGCUCGGCCGUGGACCUGAGCUCCUCCCGGAGGCUGAGCUCCGCCCACAACGGGGGCAGCGCCUUCGGGGCCUUCGGAGGCGCCCAGGCCUCCGCCCCCAUGCCCGCCCGCCCGGCGUCCUUCCACGAGCGCAGCGGCUGGGGGAGCCGGGCAGACUACGACACGCUGUCCCUGCGCUCCCUGCGGCUGGGGCCCGGCGGCCUGGAUGACCGCUGCAGCGUGGUGUCCGAGCAGCUGGAGCCCACGGCCGCCUCUGCCUACCGGGCCUUUGCCUAUGAGCGCCAGGCCAGCUCCGGGCUGGGCCCGGCCGGGGGUCUGGACUGGCCGGAGGCCGCUGAGGGGCCCCCCAGCCGGACCAUCCGCGCCCCUGCCAUGCGGACGCUGCAGCGGUUCCAGAGCGGCCACCGCAGCCGGGGGACGGUGGGGGCAGCGCCGGGGACGGCCCUGGAGCCCGUGGCCCGAGCCCCAUCCGUGCGCAGCCUCAGCCUCGGCCUGGCGGACCCAGGCCACCUGCCGGACAUGCGCAGGCUGGACAGCUACAGCGGCCACCACACCCUGCAGAGGCUGAGCAGCGGCUUCGACGACAUUGACCUGCCCUCGGCCGUCAAGUACCUCAUGGCCUCGGACCCCAACCUGCAGGUGCUGGGUGCAGCCUACAUCCAGCACAAGUGCUACAGCGAUGCCGCGGCCAAGAAGCAGGCCCGCAGCCUUCAAGCCGUGCCGAGGCUGGUGAAGCUGUUCAACCACGCCAACCAGGAGGUGCAGCGCCACGCCACGGGCGCCACGCGCAACCUCAUCUACGACAACGCCGACAACAAGCUGGCGCUGGUGGAGGAGAACGGCAUCUUCGAGCUGCUGCGAACCCUGCGCGAGCAGGACGACGAGCUGCGCAAGAAUGUCACAGGGAUCCUGUGGAACUUGUCGUCCAGCGACCACCUGAAGGAUCGCCUGGCCCGUGACACCCUGGAGCAGCUCACAGACCUGGUGCUGAGCCCCCUCUCGGGGGCCGGGGGACCGCCCCUCAUCCAGCAGAACGCGUCCGAGGCCGAGAUCUUCUACAACGCCACGGGCUUCCUCAGGAACCUCAGCUCAGCCUCCCAGGUCACCCGCCAGAAGAUGCGGGAGUGCCACGGGCUGGUGGACGCCCUGGUCACCUACAUCAACCACGCCCUGGACGUGGGCAAGUGCGAGGACAAGAGCGUGGAGAACGCCGUGUGUGUGCUCAGGAACCUGUCCUACCGGCUGUACGACGAGAUGCCGCCGUCCGCGCUGCAGCGGCUGGAGGGCCGGGGCCGCAGGGACCUGGCGGGGGCCCCGCCCGGCGAGGUGGCGGGCUGCUUCACGCCGCAGAGCCGGCGGCUGCGCGAGCUGGCCCUCACGGCCGACGCGCUCACUUUUGCGGAGGUGUCCAAGGACCCCAAGGGCCUCGAGUGGCUGUGGAGCCCCCAGAUCGUGGGGCUGUACAACCGGCUGCUGCAGCGCUGCGAGCUCAACAGGCACACAACCGAGGCCGCGGCCGGGGCGCUGCAGAACAUCACCGCGGGCGACCGCAGGUGGGCCGGUGUGCUGAGCCGCCUGGCGCUGGAGCAGGAGCGGAUCCUCAAUCCCCUGCUGGACCGCGUGCGGACCGCUGACCACCACCAGCUGCGCUCGCUGACCGGACUCAUCCGCAACCUGUCCCGCAACGCCAGGAACAAGGACGAGAUGUCCACGAAGGUGGUGAGUCACCUGAUCGAGAAGCUCCCGGGCAGUGUGGGUGAGAAGGCGCCGCCGGCUGAGGUGCUGGUCAACAUCAUCGCCGUGCUCAACAGCCUGGUGGUGGCCAGUCCCAUCGCCGCCCGCGACCUGCUCUACUUCGACGGGCUCCGCAAGCUCAUCUUCAUCAAGAAGAAGCGGGACAGCCCCGACAGCGAGAAGUCCUCCCGGGCGGCCUCCAGCCUCCUGGCCAAUCUGUGGCAGUACAGCAAGCUGCACCGCGACUUCCGGGCGAAGGGCUAUCGGAAGGAGGACUUCCUGGGCCCGUAGUGAGGCCUUUCUGGAGGAGGCAGGCAGCCCGGCCUCCGAGGGACACUCACACAGUACUGCCGCCCUGCUGGCCACCUGGACGAGAAGUGGACGGCUGGAGGCCCUGGCCCGGGGGUCCGUGCACGACCCUGCGAGGAGCCUGGGCCACCGGGAGGGGCAGGGCUGAGGCUGGGGAUGUUGGGACUGGGCUUCUGAGGGGGUGGGUGGCUUGGGGCUG